AUGGCGACAGAAGUCCACUACAAUUUGACUGGAUCUUCCCAAGCUGCUACACUGAGACAGCAGUUCACAUGGACUUGUCAUAGAAAGCCUAAUCCAAACGAUAGUGUUCCUGGUGUAAAAUUCUACAGAAAUGAGAAAGAUGUUGGUGGAGUUGCAAAGAUAUCAGGAUGUCAAUUGGCAGAUACUAAUACCAGAUACAGUUUUGGUUGUAUCUCAGAGACAGAGUACACUCUUACCAUUCCAAGUCAAAAUAUGACAGAGUACGAACAAAACUCGGUGUGGAGAUGUGGAUACUAUGACAGACAAACAGCUUACAGCAGUGUACAGAAACGUCUCAUAAUAGCAAUUGAUGUCAGCAGUGUGACUCUGGAGCCCCGCGACAACCCGCUUACCCUGACGGAGAGAUCACAACGUGAAGUCCGGUGUACUGUCAACUCCAACGCCUUCCCUACACCAACGCAUGCCUGGUUUAUUGACACGAGAGAUAUCACCAGCACAGCGGGAUCUGAUACUUCUUCCGUCAGCAUCACAGGAAGUAAGGCAGACAAUGGGAAAGUACUCCGAUGUCAGGCGACCAAUAAUAACAGAUCAAAGAACGGCAGUACUGUCCUCAAUAUUACAUACAAACCAACUACAAGUGUUACCCCAUCUAGUCCAUACCAGAUCAGAGAAGGUGAUACAGCGGUGAUAUAUUGUGUAGUGACAGACGCUAACCCUAACACUGGGAUCACUUGGAGCUGGACAAAGACAGGGAACCCUACUGUCCUAUACAGAGUUCAGAACUACACAAUUCAAAACAUACAGAGAGCACAGAGAGGAACUUACCAGUGUACAGCUACAAACUCUAUAGGAACUUCUGUACCAGCCACAGUACAGGUGGAUGUACAGUACAAACCGGCUAUAAGUGUUACCCCAUCUAGUCCUUACCAGAUCAGAGAAGGUGAUACAGCGGUGAUAUAUUGUGUAGUGACAGACGCUAACCCCAACAAUGGGAUCACAUGGAGCUGGACAAAGACAGGGAACCCUGCUGUCCUAUACAGGGAUCAGAACUACACAAUUCCUAACAUACAGAAAGUACAGAGAGGAACCUACCAGUGUACAGCUACAAACUCUAUAGGGACUUCUCUACCAGUCACAAUACAGGUGGAUGUACAGUACAAACCAACUAUAAGUGUUACCCCAGCUGGUCCUUACCAGAUCAGAGAAGGUGAUACAGCGGUGAUGUAUUGUGUAGUGACAGACGCUAACCCCAACACUGCGAUCACAUGGAGCUGGACAAAGACAGGGAACCCUGGUGUCCUAUACACGGGUCAGAACUACACAAUUCCUAACAUACAGAUAGGACAGAGAGGAACCUACCAGUGUACAGUUACAAACUCUAUAGGGACUUCUCUACCAGCCACAGUACAGGUGGACGUACAAUGUAAGUAA